CGCUGCAGCUAGAAACGGUCACACAUUCUUAAGACCAUCCAACGACGGCAAAAUAACACAUUUUUGAUCAGCAAUUAAGGAAUAUAUAUACAUAAGUGGAAUAUAUAGACCAGGAAUAUAUAGAUGACCAGGAACCAUGUCCUCUACACAACGUCAGAAGCAGUUCGACCUGAACCGCAGGGGAGCCAGUGGCCAAGCGCACAGUCCUGCCAGCGACAGUGGCAACAAUAACAACAGUGGCGGUUCGAAAAAUGUGGUUUCCCCGCGACAGCGCAAACGUCAAACAUCGAUGGAGCGCUUGCAGGUGCAGCAACCGAACGUGAGUCGCCGUGCAGCGGGCUCCAACUGGAUGGCCGCGGCUGCCAACGCUCCUGGAGCCGCAUCGGGAAGCGAAAACCAGUCCACGGAAGAGACAUCUCCCGCGCUAACGAAAUCUGCACGCACGCGCAUCCGAAAGAAGGCUCAGCGUAACCGCUAUCUGGCCAUGGACUGUGAAAUGGUCGGCGUAGGCCACAAUGGGAAUGAUGAUAUGCUGGCCCGCGUGUCAAUUGUAAACCGAGUGGGCGAGGUGCUGCUGGACAAGCAUGUAAAGCCGCGCCAGGAGGUCACCGAUUAUCGUACCAGCGUAUCAGGCAUUCGCCCGCAUGACAUUGCCAAUGGCGAGGACUUUGAAGUCGUUCAGGAUGAGGUGGUAAAGCUGCUGCACGGUCGGAUUUUGGUCGGGCACGCCCUGCGCAACGAUCUUGCCGUGCUGAACAUACGACAUCCGUUCGAACUCAUUCGCGAUACGUCGCGCUACAAGCCGCUCUGCAAGCUUGUCUCCAACGGCCAUACGCCCAGUCUGAAGCGCCUGACAAUGGUCGUUUUGGGGCAAGAGAUUCAGACAGGAGAGCACAACUCCGUGGAGGAUGCCCGCGCCGCCAUGGGUAUAUACAAUCGAAUUGCCGCCGAUUGGGAAAAGUAUCUGGAGAGAAAGCAGCAUCAGCAGCAGCACUUUUAGCUCCCAGGGGAAUCGGUAGCCUUAAGUUUAAAGUUUAAUGUACACAUGAGUUUCAUUUAUUGGGAACUGUUGCUUAUAUGUAUAAAAAGUUACAAUCAAA